ACAGAAGUUGAAACACAAAUGUCGAGUUUCUGUGGUAAUGGCUUCACCUUUUCUAGAGAAUCCUGUUGAUAUCGGAGCCCAAAUUGUACAAAAAGCUCUUCGCAGGGAAAGAGUGUUUAGGGAUAGACAAAAUCCCCUGGCUUUCCCUGACGAUUAUUUAUAUGAGAGAUACAGAUUUUCGGCCGAGGGAAUCUGGUAUCUAUGUCGGCUUCUUGAGCCUUACAUUAAAAACCCGACGCGGCGAAGCCGUGCAACCACUGUGCCGCAAAUGUUAUGUAUCGCUUUGCGUUUCUUUGCAAGUGGUACGUACUUGUAUGCGGUGGGUGAUGCGGAGAAUCUAAGCAAAAACACCGUUUGCCGAACUAUCCGAAGAGUGGUUCUCGCACUGCAGAGAUACUUAAACACAUUCAUUGUGUUCCCUGGUCAUUUACCCACUGAGGCCAUAAAAGAAGGCUUCAGUAAAAUAGCUGGAUUCCCAAGAGUCAUUGGAGCUGUAGGUUGCACACACAUUGCAAUCUCAGCACCUAUAAAAGAAGUUCAGGCUGAUUAUAUUAACAGAAAGUGUACUCGCAGCCUAAAUGUACAGAUGACUUGUGAUCAUCAAUGUAUGGUCACAAGCUUGGAUGCCAGAUGGCCUGGCUCAGUCCAUAACUCCAAAAUGUUCCUCGAGUCAGUGUUAUAUCAGCGCUUUCAGGAAGGGCUGUUUGAUGGACUAUUGGUGGGAGACAAAGCCUAUGCUUGCCAGAGUUUUUUGAUGUCCCCCUAUCCUGAUCCUGAGAAAAAACCACAGCAUGACUUCAAUGCAGCCCUCAGUCAAACAAGGGCCAAGAUAGAAACUACUUUUGGCAUUUUAAAAGGACGGUUUAACUGUCUUCAUGAACUAAGAGUGUCACCAGAGCGGGCAUCACAGAUUGUGGGUGCUUGUGCUAUCCUCCACAACAUAGCCACCAUUAGAAAGGAGCGAGAGCCACACGAAUACAAUCUCUCCCCUGAUGAUGUUGACCCCGUUACCCUGGACCAUCCGGCUGGCAAAGCUGUCAGAGAUGAGAUCACCACACAAUAUUUCAGUUAAAAAUGAAUAAAAGCACAAUUGCGCUCCAAUUAAGUCUGAAGAUGUGCCCCCCCCCCCCUUUUCAUGCUGUUAAAGGAGUAUUCCGGGUUCAAUACAAGUUAAGCUCAAUCGACAGCAUUGGUGGCAUUAUGUUGAUUACCACAAGAAUAAUUCCGACUCAUCCUUCUUUUCUUUAACCCUUGUUUUCUCUUUGUUUAUGUUUUACCUUAAAGGUAUUGGGGGUCAAUUUUGAAAAUCUUUUUUUUCAAACAAAUGUUAUAUCACUUUCUUCAAUUAUUUAAAAACUCUAAAUUUGGGGGGAGGGUAAAAUUAAGUUAAUUUUAAGUAAAAUUAAGUGAAAUUACAAUAUAUAACCAGCGGGUGGCUGCAAAAGUCCAUUUCAGCCAUAGGUUGUAGCAAACGGAUUUGUUUUUAGUUCUUAAGAUAUGUGUUUGGAUAUGUAUUUAGACAUUAUCAAAGACAUUAAAGAUAGUAUUUUUGUUAAACUUUAGCAUUUUGUUUUUGUUUGAGGUGUUUAGAAGUUUCAGUUUUUGCAAUUAUGCCCCAUAAAUGAUUACAUACCAUGGUACUACAAAGACAAGACUUAGAGUAGAUUUUUGUCACCUGUUAUUUAUUUUAAAAAUUCCAAUUUAAUAAUUCAUUAAGGUAAUAAGAAAUAAAUAAAACAUGUCAAUCAAACCAACAGCAAUAAAUGUAAAUGAACAGGAGUGAACAUAGUACUAGAAUAACAUUUUGCAACAGCAAACUUGGCAUUGUUGCAGGCAUUACAAUUCUGAAUAGCAAUAAAGAGCAACAACAAAUUAUAAAAAAAAAAGUAAAAAAAAAAAAAAACAAGAACAGUGAGAAUGAUACUAAGUAUCAUAGUCUUUUUUUCAUGAGUCUACGCACAUCUGGCUGAAGGUCACGAAAAAGGUGUGAGCCUUGCAAAUGUUUUUUUAUUUUUUAAAUUAUUUGCAUAUCAUGCUGCCUUUCGCAUCCUUUUUUACGGGGACACACCUGAUACCUUUUCCUUUUGUAAGUAGCUGCUGUGGAGGGGCCUGCAGCUUCAUCAUCUUCUGAAGAAGAUAUACUAUAACAGCCUUUGAUCUGUGUGUGUGUGUGUGUAUGUGUUCAUUGUGGAUGUGUAAUGUUCUAUAAAAAAAAUGCUCUCUGUUGCAGUCUUACCUAUUCAUUUCUGUGUGUGAGCUCAUGCGUUCCGCAAUGUGGAUGUGUUAUAGUACCACCCCUUUAUUUCUGUGUGUGUUCUGCUUUGUGGUGGAUUUAAUGAUUUUAUUUUACAAAUACCCUGAAUAGAAAUUCAGAUUGGGCCAUACUACUGCGUUAACCUAUAUACUAAAAUAUUAUGUUGUAUAGUAAUCAUAUGGCUUUGAAAAUUGUCUUUUAAUAUUCUUAUUUUUUGUAUUUGAAGCUCUUUUAUUCAUAAUAGAUGGUCCUCUUAUAUAAAUCCCUGUCUGAGUCUGUCAUAAAUGCAAGUCCUUGUAAACUUUGGAUAUUUUGGUCCAUGGCCCUUAGGUUUAAGUGAAGGUAUAUUUUUUGUAUAAGUAGUUUUAAAAUCUGAGA